AUGUCAUCGAAAUCCGUUCUCAUUACCGGCUGCAGCGAUGGAGGAAUCGGCGCAGGUUUAGCCCUUUCUUUCCAAAAACACGGCUGGAAAGUCUUUGCAACAACUCGCAACAUCUCAAAGAUGGCAAGCCUGGCAAACCUCCCCAAUGUCCAACUCCUCGCACUCGACGUUACCUCUUCACUCAGCAUCGAAGCUGCCGUCGAAGCAGUAAAGCAAGAGACUGGAGGAAGUCUCGACUGCCUGUGCAAUAACGCUGGUGCAUUAAUGAUGAUGCCGGUGUUGGAUACUGAUGAAGAGGAAGCUAGAAACAUGUUUAAUGUUAACCUCUGGGGCCCUUUGGCGAUGAUAAAAGCAUUUUCUCCUCUUAUUAUGAAUGCAAAGGGAACUAUUGCCAACACUGGCUCCAUAGCUGGUUACUUGAAUGUCCCUUUUGGAGGGGCAUAUGCGGCAUCGAAAUCAGCCGUCAUGAUUCUGAGCGAGACGCUACGUCUAGAGAUGGCUUCAUUUGGGGUCAAAGUACUCACAGUUGUAACGGGAGUCGUUAACAGCAAUCUCGGAUCCGAAAACACUGGGUUCCAACUACCUUCAACUUCGCUUUACAAGGGCGCAGAAGAAGCUAUUAGAGAACGUGCUCUUGGAGGUGGCGGUGCAAAAAUGAGCACUGAAGAGUACUGCGAGAAAUACGUCAAGGCAGUGGAGAGAGAAUCGAGCGGGCAAGUUUGGAUUGGCAACAGCACGACAGCAGUGAAAUGGGGCAAAUAUCUUCCUGCAAGUGCUAUACAGGAUUCUUUGGUUUCUCAGGGAACAGGAUUAGAUCAAGUCUGA